UCUCUCUCGCUUAGUAAAAGGCCGCACAUACGAACAUUCUUAUGGGUGGUGAAAAUGUUAACAACACCGAUUCGACUCUUCCCGUUGCUGAAACCACCGCCAACAAACCAUUGCCAUUCUUGCCAGAAGAACUCAUCGUCAUAAUCCUCCUCAGGCUUCCGGUAAGAUCACUCCUUCGAUUCAAGUGUGUUUGCAAAUCAUGGAAAACCCUAUUUUCAGAUACACACUUCGCAAACAACCACUUUCUGAUCUCAACCGUGUAUCCGCAAUUGGUCGCUUGUGAAUCUGUUAGCGCUUAUCGAACCUGGGAAAUCAAAACUUAUCCUAUAGAGUCACUGUUAGAAAACUCAUCAACCACUGUUAUACCCGUUAGCAACACGGGACAUCAGCGGUAUACUAUUUUAGGUUCAUGCAAUGGAUUCUUGUGUCUUUAUGAUAACUAUCAACGUUGUGUCAGGUUGUGGAAUCCUUCCAUCAACUUGAAAUCUAAGAGCUCUCCAACAAUUGACAGGUUUAUAUAUUAUGGUUUUGGCUAUGAUCAAGUUAAUCACAAGUACAAGUUGCUUGCAGUUAAAGCUUUCUCGCGUAUAACCGAGACUAUGAUAUAUACCUUUGGUGAAAAUUCUUGUAAAAAUGUUGAAGUUAAAGAUUUUCCACGUUAUCCUCCUAAUCGUAAACACUUAGGGAAAUUUGUGAGUGGCACUUUGAAUUGGAUAGUUGAUGAAAGAGAUGGUAGAGCCACAAUUCUUUCCUUUGAUAUUGAGAAGGAGACUUAUCGACAAGUGUUGCUUCCUCAACAUGGUUAUGCUGUCUACAGUCCUGGCCUGUAUGUUUUGAGUAACUGCAUUUGUGUUUGUACUUCUUUCCUUGACACUCGUUGGCAGCUGUGGAUGAUGAAAAAGUAUGGAGUUGCCGAGUCAUGGACAAAAUUGAUGUCCAUCCCUCAUGAAAACUUGUUAAUUUCGAAUAUAUCUUUGUGGCCUUGUGUUGAACCGUUAUUCAUAUCAGAAAAUGGCGUUGUUCUUCUCAUGAACACAUCAUCUUCCCAACUUAUUCUGUAUAACUUAAAUAGUCGUGGUUUGUAUUUUCCUAGAAUUCCUCCAUCGUAUCUAAAUAUCUACUAUAUCGAACCUAAAUUGGAUCUACAUAUCUACCAUGAGAGUCUGCUAUCGCCGCAAUGCUAAAUCAUAUUUGUAUUGUUAUUUUUCAGUAACAUUAAUGUUUAGAUUGAAGUCACUGCUUAGAAGAUAUUUAAUUAAUCAAACGAUUGUAGUGGUUUUUACUAAUCAAAGGAUUGUAAUUAACUAACAAUGUAAAAUAUCUUUACACUCUGUCCAUAUUGAAUUAAAAUUAAGUAUUAUAUGUCACGUUUGAUUGUUGUAACUUUGUGGCA